CGUCACGGCUCGACUCGCUGCCAGCUGCCAGCCGGGGCCCUCCUCCAGGGCUGCCUAAGCCGGCUUUUGAUUGGAUUAGAGUGGGCUAGCCUUUGCCCUCUAACCCCGCUGAUGUGGGCUGGCUGCUUCCUGCUCCCUCCGAUCUCCCUGACCGACUGACGAAGCCUGCCGAAGCCGCACGGCGAAGCGCCCUGCACGGACACAAUCGACCUGGACGAGCCGCUACAGCCCGAGGCAGACAUGCGGAGGAAAUCGAGGAUACUGUUAUGUUUUGCGGUGCUGUGGGUGCUGGGGAUAGCCUACUACUUCUACUCGGGGACAGCGUUGAGUCGAAAGGAUGACGUGGGCUCCAGUGACUCAUCCAGUAAGAGCAAAGCUCACAUGUCUGAGUACAAGCCUCACAGCCUGGAGACUCUGCCGCCAGGUAAGGUGCGCUGGCAGGAUUUUGACCAGGAUCUGUACGUUGGAGCCACGGUGGUCCGACCGGGUCAAGAUCCGUACGCCAGGAACAAGUUCAACCAGGUGGAGAGUGACAAGCUCCGUAUGGACAGAGCCGUGCCUGAUACAAGACAUGACCAUUGCAGACAUAAACAAUGGAAGUCAGACCUGCCGGCCUCCAGCGUCGUCAUCACUUUCCACAAUGAAGCUCGCUCUGCUCUGCUGCGGACUGUGGUCAGUGUCCUGAAGAAAAGUCCAUCUCACUUGGUCAAAGAGAUCAUUCUGGUUGACGACUACAGUGAUAACGCGGAGGACGGAGCACUGCUGGGCAAGAUUGAAAAAGUGCGCGUGCUGAGAAAUGACCGCAGAGAAGGACUGAUGCGUUCGAGGGUCCGUGGUGCAGACGCCGCCACGGCACCGGUCCUUACAUUCUUGGACUCUCACUGUGAAUGUAAUGACCACUGGCUAGAGCCGCUACUGGAGAGAGUGGCUGAGGACAAGAGCAGAGUAGUUUCUCCUAUCAUUGAUGUCAUCAACAUGGACAACUUUCAGUAUGUAGGAGCCUCAGCUGAUCUGAAAGGAGGUUUUGACUGGAAUUUGGUGUUUAAAUGGGACUACAUGACUCUAGAGCAGAGACGAGGCAGACAAGGCAACCCCAUCGCCCCUAUAAAGACUCCAAUGAUAGCAGGAGGUCUAUUUGUCAUGGAUAAGGAAUACUUUGAGCUUCUGGGAAAGUAUGACAUGAUGAUGGAUGUAUGGGGAGGAGAAAACCUUGAGAUCUCGUUUCGGGUGUGGCAGUGUGGCGGCAGUCUGGAGAUCAUCCCCUGUAGCAGAGUUGGCCACGUCUUCAGAAAGCAACAUCCAUACACCUUCCCUGGGGGCAGCGGGACUGUGUUUGCAAGGAACACGAGGAGAGCAGCAGAGGUGUGGAUGGAUGAGUACAAAAACUUCUACUAUGCUGCUGUCCCCUCAGCGAGAAAUGUCCCCUACGGAAAUAUCCAGAGUCGAAUGGAGAUGAAGAAGAGAUUAGGUUGCAAGCCAUUCAAAUGGUACCUGGAGAAUGUCUACCCUGAACUGCGAGUCCCAGACCACCAGGACAUAGCGUUUGGAGCCUUGCAGCAGGGAGGAAACUGUCUGGACACCCUGGGUCAUUUUGCUGACGGGGUGGUGGGGGUCUAUGAAUGCCACAACGCUGGGGGAAACCAGGAGUGGGCCCUGACUAAGGAUAAGUCAGUCAAACACAUGGACUUGUGUCUGACUGUGGUGGACAGAACGGCCGCCUCCCUCAUCAAACUACAAGGGUGUCGAGAGAACGACAGCAGACAGAAAUGGGAGCAGAUUGAGUCCAACUCCAAGCUUCGUCACGUGGGCAGUAACCUCUGUCUGGACAGCCACAGUGCCAGGAUGGGCGGACUCACUGUGGAGGUCUGCAGCAUGACCCUCAGCCAACAGUGGAAGUUCACCCUCAAUUUACAAUCAUAGGGGGCGCUACAGGCCCUGGAAAGAGCUGGAUAUAAGAUAGGGACACCAACAUAGACUCUGAGACACAGACAAAGAGAUGGAAAUAGACUCAAGGAGAAAGACAAACUUGAUGGAUAAAUGGAUCCCUCUUGCUCCUCCACCUCAGCGGUGUAGCCAGUCACAUCUAUACACCUCUCCCCCACACUUACCCCUCCCAAAAUAACAAAGAGCCACACCCACUGGGGGAGGGGCUUUCAGACCAUAAUGGAUUAAACCCGUAAACUGACUGUAUCUGGUGGAUGGAUGGUGACAGUGAUGAUCAUGAGGCUAAAAGCUUUCCAUCCAAACUACAUACCUCAGUGUUUUUUCAUUGAUGGUUCCAGAGGCAAAUAGUGUUCUUUUACUUUCUUUAAUGCUGGUGAGGUAGAACUCGUUUUACUUUGUAAUUAUUUUAUUUACUUAUUAAUAUUUUUUAUUUCUUGCUGUCAACGCUCCACGGAGGUUUGGCAGGAUCUUUUUUUCGCUCUUGAAAGAAUGGGACUCUGGUGUUGUUGCUCCUCUACGGUGCUCUCUCUCUCUUUGUUUCACCACACUGAGCUAGAGCCUGUCCCGGCAGACGGAGGCUUUAGGUUGUGGUUUCGGUGAGGUUUGGGUGCAGAGGUGAUGUGAAGGGAGGAAAUGAACUCGAUUCCUUGAGCUUUUCCUCUCGCUUCGUCUCAUUUGUUCACAGGAUCAAUGGAGAAAAGAGAGGCAAAGUGGACAGAAGAAUGCGGUCUGUUCUGCUUUGAUUUCUACACAGUUUUCCCUUCAGAUUGUGUUUUGGGGAGGGCGAGGGUGUUCAGGGAAGACUUUCUCUGUUUUGGAUGGGGCUUGACACCGGUUUGGUUUGGCCGGAGGUGCAGUUCCUGAAACCAGGAAGUGUCUUGAAGCCACCCCUCAGGAUUUACUGUUUGUCGUCAGGCUGUAGCACUGGCUGCCACAGCAUCUUCACUUCUACACCAUUAUGUCUCUAAAGAAAUCUCUUAACAGUCUUUUUUUUGUUUACUUUUGUCAAAAAAAAUGGAACCAAAUUUCGAAUGGAUGUUUUUGUGUUUUUGAGCGAUUGAAAAAGGUUUUCUUUACAUACUCUCGCUGCUCUCUAACUGCUCCCUGUGGAGCGGCUCAGUUUAUACAUCUUCUUUUCCUGCACAGAUCAUUUUCUUUGCCGAUAUCUAAUAUUGCCAUUGUAGGAAGGUUACUGUCUAAUAAUCGCAUCCAAACUGGAUUUAAUAUUGCAGCUUUUUCUCUAGAGAUAACAGGUGUUGGCUGCAAAAGCAUACCGGUGACAUUUAUAUUACCACCACCCCGAGAUACCCACACAUGACAUGACUGAGAUGUUUGUUUCUGUACUUUCACACACACACACACACACACACACACACACACCUGCCUGCUCUUGCACAGCAAUAGAAGGAAACGGCAGCGCUCAUACGUGGCUAACAUUCCAGACCUGACAUCAGAGGUAAAAGUAAAACCUUGCUUAUUCCAGUCUGGGAACAGAUGUCAUGCAAAAGAAAAUAGUUUUAAACUGUAUGAAAUGUGCAUGUGCACAUGUGUUUUGAAAAGCUCCUUCUAGCUGCAUGUAUCACCAACCAGCUCCCACAGGGUUGCCCAGCUUUUUUCUUCAUUGUGCCUGUUAGAUCAGCCAUCUGUUCAGUAAGUUGAAACUGCAAUAAACAAGGUUUUACUGUUUGUCCUCACUUGGUUUCUGCAAGACGUGCGCAUAUUUUACUGAUUGCACAAGUUUUUGAUGAUAAAAAUUACUGAUGAGAACACUUCUUGUUUAUUUUGGCGAGCUACUUUAUUCUGUGGAACAAGGUGUUGGUGUCACCAAAACAGUAUCACUGAUACUAUUUACAGUACAUGUAUCUGUUUGCUACUUCAUUACCUGAUGCCUGUUGUGCAUCUUUGCAACAUUAUUCGCUCCUGGGCUUCAACAUGGGUUCAUCUUAACUGCUAUGAUCCUCUGUACAGUCACUGAUGAGUAAUGAUGGUACAGUUUGGGGAAAUUGAAUUUGGAGUGACUCAUUACUUGGCAGCUUCAAGGCAACUACAUUAACACAAAACAUCUUUGAACAGAUGAAGAACAGAAAUGGCCUUUAGAAAUCACAUAUUUCCUAAUUUAUUCUAGAAAGAAGUUUCAGCCUCAAGUGUUCUUUAAUGUUAAAUCUUCUCUCGGUGUCUCAAUAUGUCUCUUCCUCUCUUACUUUCACAUCUUUACUUUCAAAUGUUGAUUUCUUUGUUUUACUGUGUUAGCGAAGUGGACAAAGACAGCUGGUCAUGUGUGCUGCGUUGUCUGAUACUUUACCAUCCUUUGUUUCAUGUCUUUGUUUUAUGCCAUUUUUCCUUGUACCUGAUUGUUUGUCUUGUCUUAUACACUCACACGAUUGUAAGGCGAGUGAGUGGAGUUGAAAAGGUCAGCUGACACUGCAGGUGGUUGGAAAGCUUAUCCUGUGACUUGAUAGGUCGCUGCAUUGUUCUGUGAGGCUCGGCAGACCCGAGGGUGAGUCUAGUUCUCAUGGUCACCAGACUCGAAAGGCCCAAUUCUAAUUUUAAUGUUUUAGGUAGACUAAUUAAACAGUUGUUUUUUUGCCAUUCUGUUUGAAAACUUGCACAAAAUAUGUAACAUUUUCAGUUUUGACUUAAUUUCUUAAGAAUGUUGCAAAUCCAUAAUUGGAAUACUGAAGAGCUGAUUGGAAUUUAAGUUGUACAAACCAUAGACUGUAAACAGUAUCUGCAGUCACACACGUGGUGUUGUAGAUCAAACAGCCUAAACUUCAUAAUUCGUAGGGCAGGUCUGAGAUAAGUUGGGUGCAGGUUCGGUCAUUGUUAAUUAAUUAUUCCUUUACAUCUCCUUCAUAUCAAACAUCCUUAAGAAGAUAAUUUGUCAUCAAAUUUAGAUGCUUAUAUGUUGCUUACCGUUUAGUUAGAUGAAAACCUAAAAACCUGGUGGUCUUCAUUUUCAAAGUAUCUGGCCCUUGACUUUGUCAGUGAGGACAACGUGAUGUUUUUAGUGGUGUAUAGUGCCCUCUAUUGUCACACUUCUUGUGGGUAACAAGUACAGAAACCAGAAAGAAAAAGGGACUCAAGAUAGUAAACUUCUGAUGCACCAGUGGAGAGUUUUGGACAUUUUUCUUAAUCACAUUUUCUUUGUCGUUGUCUCUUAUUAUUAAACUGUUGAUUAAGCCCUACUUAAAUGGCCAGGCAGUACAGACUAAAUGGGCAUGAGAACCAAACGGCACACACCUGAGUGACCAUGGCAAUACUGUCUGGGACAACGGCUCAGAUAUGUUGUUUAAAGCCUUUUCUUUUUAAACCAGUCUUAUUCUUGUGAAGAUGAAAAGCUUGCUAUUUAAUUUUUUUAUUAUUUUUAUGUUUUACACAGAGGAAAUGACUGUAAUAAUUAAGUAGUCCAGCACCUCAUUUUGAUUGGAUGAUUAAAUGUUUACAUCUUUAGCACAAUGUGCCAACGUUUUCCUUCCCGUUUUCUCUGUAUGAAGAAGAAUGAGAAGGGGGAAAAAAGUCUUUGGAAAUGCAGACUGAGUCGCAGAUAACUCGUUACACAUUUGCUGAUAGUAUAUGUUGAGUGGCUCAUUUUUCUUCCCAGUCUUUGUUAGACCUGCAGGACAUGCCGGGGCUAGGACGUCUCUUAGCUGCUGAUCUGGUGUCAGUCUAUAAUAGAUACAGGGAACAAAAUUGGCACUUUUCUUAUGUGAUGUCUUUAACCAACUGUGUGUCUGUAUGUGUUAGCUUAAAGCACCAAUCAAAGAGAGGGAGAAUAUUGUCAAUCUUGCAGACAGGCAUCUUUAUUAGCAUUAAAAGGGGGGCAUAUAACUGAACACCAGUCAGUGAACAAGAGCGUCUACCCCACUGAGCCGGUAGGACUUUAUUCAUACUCACCAUGUUUUGAAGGGAAACAAUCAACAGCUUUAUUUGAUGGAGUUUAACAUGAGGAGUAAAGGUCAAGCUUUGUGUUCUCUCAGCUCUCCCCCUAAACGGAGCAGAGUUAUGUCAUGAUUUGUCCAAACAGGAGGGAUGCCUUCCACCUUCAGCCCACCUCAAAUCCCUUGCCUCAAAUACCCAUUUAGGAUUAACAGAAGAAGAGCCUCCUCUGAUAUGUGAAAAUCCCUGCUGAGACAUGCAGCUCAGGACUACUUAAGUUCCUGACUGACAGUAACAGCGAGUGUGAACAUGCACAUAAGACAAAAUACUGUAAAAGUCAACCAGUAAUGACGGAUAAAAGGUGAAACUAAUCAAUGAAGUGAUGGGGUGAUAAUGUGUUUUCUAAAAGGAUUGGAGCUUCAUUGAACGUCUGUGGUAGCUGAUAUGGCACGAGGGGUCACACAUGUAAAAGUGUAUAUUUUUGUAUAUACCGACAUCAGUGUGUGUACAGUAUGUACAUAUAUACACAGUGUACUCAGCUGCGGUUCCUAGGUUUGUUGUCAGACUGUACAGCGCUUCUAACUGUCCCCUGUUUUCUAGAUACUGCAGAAAUUCAACUUUGAAUGAAUGAGGAGAAAUGAUUAACUUAAAUAAAUGCAUUUAUAUCUAUAAA